AUGCCGCGCGACUUUCGACCUAAGGGUCAAAGCUCGUCAUCGCGGAAACGCAACGAUGGCCAUGAAAAGCCGAAAAUGAAUGUUGCGGAUGAUGACCCAAACGUACCAGAUGAUGUACUUCGCGAACAAGUGGCAGCCAUGGGUGGUACCGACGAAGAUCUGGACUUGAUCCAGGGCAAGGCUCGGGGUCCCGCUACCAAGCUAACCGAUGCAGAGCUGUCCUCUGAACUUAUGGCCUUCAUGGCCAAGGAGAAUAUGCCCACCCAGCCGAAGCCAGCCAAGGUAGCCAAUGUGCCCGCCAAGCCCGAGCCUUCGAAGCGUAGCACCAAAAACAAAGAGCCACAAGAGGCCCCCAAACCACCUCGAAAGGAAAGCAAGCAACAGCAUCCUACUAAACCAAUGCGCCAAGAGAUACCCAAGCCGUCAACUUCCAACAAGCAUGUUGUGUUCGACGGCGACGAUGCUACGCCCAAAGCAGCGAAGCCCGCUUCAUUACGCUUGCUCAUCGAGCCAGUAUCUGACUGGCUGCACAUCUCACGUCCCGAGAUCCAUGGUGGCAAGGUGCCAGCUGAGGUAUCAAAUGACCUUAUCACGACUUUACAUGACCUCGGAAAGCAGGUGAUGCAUUCUGAAAAUGACAUUUAUGACCGUCUUGCCUCUGGCGAAGGCGGCCGGAACGUGAUUCUUGGCUCGAUGAACUUUUCUGAUCUGCAGUUUGCACGCACACUUCUCAUGUCAAGCAAAGCAAGCACGCUCUCUGACCGGAUUUCAGCUGUCACGCUCCUUUUGCAGAGUAGUCCGGUGCAUAAUCUCAAGGCACUUGAGCUACUUAUGAGCAUGUCUGGCAAGCCCAGCCGUGAAGAGUCGAGUCGUGCUACUCGAGCGCUGGCUGACUGGUUCGCUAGUGGUGGUGGCCUGGGUACGGACAAGCUGCACUACUUCCGUGAUCAGCCUGAACUUCCGCAGGCUGCGGCUGCGUACAAGAGCGGUGUGACGGACCAACUAAAGACGUGUCUCUGUCUAUGGGCCUUUGAAGACUACUUGAAGCGCACAUACUUUGCCUUUGUGCAGCUUCUGGAGCGCCAGACCCAUGACACGCUGGUGUUCAUGCGUCGCCAGGCUGUUACGCAGGUUUAUGUACUACUACGAGACAAAUCCGAGCAGGAACACAACCUGCUGCGUCUACUUACCAACAAACUAGGUGACCCAGAUCGCAGUGUGGCAUCCAAGGCGAGCACACAUCUUAUGGAGCUGCUUCAAGUGCACCCCGCCAUGAAACCCAUCGUGCUGCGAGAAGUGAGCGAAGCUGUCUUGCGGUCACAGCAGCCAUCUGCGGGGCAGCAUGUCAAAGGGAACCAGCACGCUACGUACUAUGGUGUGCUCACUUUAAAUCAGACGCUGUUUGUCGAGAGUGAUGCUCCCUUGGCAAAUGACAUUUUCACCGUGUAUUUCCAGCUGUUUGACGUGUGUUUACAGGAAGAAGAACAGCCUGAUGCUGAAUCAGAGCCAGCUAAAGACAAGAAGCGUUGGCGCGAUAGGCACAAGGCGACACCAGCCUCGCAGAAUAAGGCUGCCUCAGACGUGUACAACCGCUUGCUAGCCGGCAUUUUGACAGGCAUUCGUCGUGUUUUCCCUUUCACGACACUCUCGACCGACGCGCUGGACCGGCACUUGGAUACGCUUUUCCGCAUCACUCACACGCAUUCGUUCAACAUUGCCAUUCAGGCACUUCAACUUAUUUUUCAAGUGGCGAUUGGCACCUCGUCGAAUGGCGAAGCAGCUCGUGGAUUCUCGCCUCAUGUGGCCGACCGCUACUACCGCAUUUUGUAUGAUUCCCUUCUCGAUUCGCGACUUGCCACUACAAGCAAGCAAGCCAUGUACUUGAAUCUUGUAUACAAGUCGAUCAAGGCUGACGCGGACCCUGAGCGCGUCAAGGCCUUGGUAAAGCGACUUUGUCAGAUUCUGAAUGUGCAAGAGCCACCGUUUAUCGUGGGCGCAUUAGUCUUAUUGGGUGAACUGUUGAAGGCCAAACCAGGUCUGCGUGCGAUGCUCACAGAGGCCGAGGAGGAAGGCGUAGAGCACUUUGAAGAUGUGGACGAUGAAGCUCCAUCUAAGCCUUCGCAUACGCCUAUCGUCUCGAGCUACGAUGGGCGAAAACGUGAUCCUCGGUUUGCGCAUGCAGGCGACACGGCUUUGUGGGAUCUCUUGACACUGAAAGACCACUACCAUCCUUCGGUUCGCUUGAAUGCCAUGCAGCUUUUGCAAGGUGAGAAAGUGACAUCUGAUGCAGACCUAACUCUGAAUACCUUGAUGCACUUCCUCGACCGCUUUGUCUUCAAGAACCCGAAGAAGCGCUCGGGUGUCAAGGGCUCGAGUAUCAUGCAGCCUUCCCUGAGCGAUGCUCAGGGCGAUGUGCUGGUUCGACGUACAGAUGCACCACUGUCCUAUGUGAACACAGCCGCAUUCUGGUCGCAAAAGCCUGAAAACAUCCCUGCUGAUCAGCAGUUUUUCCACCAGUACUUCCAGACCAAGCUGAAGCGGUCUCAUGUGCCGGAGAAACCGCAAGAGCAGCCGGCUGAGGAGGAGGCCAGUGAGCCUGCCACUGAUGACGAGGAGGAGGACGAAAUUUGGAAGGCAAUGAAAUCGUCCAUGCCAUCGCAUGAAGAGGGUGACGAUGUGGAUCAGGAUGACGAAGAGGACGACGACGAGUUGCUGGCUCAGCUCAAGGCCGAUGCUGAAUUGGAUGGCAGUGAGCCAGACGAGGUCGACGACGACGGUCGCGAAUCUGCGUCAGUUUCCGACGAUGAAGACGAUAACGAGGACGACGGCAUGUUUCUGGAGGACGAGGAAGAUUUGGUUCCCUUUACGAACUUUGAGGACGAAGAGGAGGAUGCGCCCGCUGCUGGUACGAAGCGUUCCGCGGAUGAGGCAGACGAUGACGCGACUCGCAGCUCUCGGAGCAAGCGUCGUGCGAUGCCUGCCUUUGCGAGUGCGGAGGACUAUGCUCACAUGCUGGACUCGGAUGACGAGGGCAAUUAA